AUGUCUUUUGCACAAAAAGUUAAAGCUGAUAUGGCUGAUAGUUCAGGAAUUGCUCCAAGAGAAAGUGUUGAAUUUAUGAGUAGACAAGUUGGUGGUCGUCAAAAUCUUGGAUUCAUUUAUGAUGACUAUAAGAAUUAUUUGCAUUCCAAGCGAACAAGAGAGAUGAAGUUAGGUGAUAUAGGCGGAGUGUUGGAAUAUUUACAAAAAAUGCAGUUGAAUGACCCUAAUUUCUUUUAUGCUAUACAAGUGGAUGAAGAUGAUUUGAUUACUAAUAUCUUCUGGGCUGAUUCAAGGAUGAUGGUGGAUUAUGAUUAUUUUGGUGAUGUUAUGCAGCAAUGGCCAAAGCAUUGUUUGAGAAGUGGCCACAAACAUGUCAUCGUUUAUGCAUCUGGCACAUACCAAAAUGCAGCCAAGCAACUUAAAAGUGUCUUUGAGAAUUUUAAUGAUUUUGCCAAGGAGUUUAGUAGUUGCAUAUACGACUAUGAGGAUGAAGAUGAUUUGCUAUAUGCUUGGAAUAACAUGCUGCAGAAAUAUAAUCUUACAGACAAUGAUUGGUUGAAUCGAUUGUUUGCCAUAAAAGAGAAAUGGGCAUUAGUUUAUGGGCGGCAAACUUUUUGUGUUGAUAUUACUACUACUCAGCGCAGUGAAAGUAUGAACAGUGCUAUCAAGAAGUAUGUCAACUACAAAUAUGAUUUGCUACGAUUUGUUAAACAUUUUGAAAGGUUGGUUGACGAUCGUCGGUAUCAAGAGUUGAGAGCUGAAUUUAAAGCAAGUCAAAGUUCCCCUACAUUGUCAUUUCCAGUAGAAAUAUUAAAGCAUGCAGCAGGUAUUUAUACACCAGCAAUGCUUAAAUGGUUUCAAAACGAGUUAUGCAAAGCUCAUGAUUGUGUCUUGAUCUUCAAUGGUGAGAUUGGAAGCGUUAGAAAAUAUGAAAUCAUCCCUCAUAGGAAGAAUUGGCACCAUACAGUCACAUUUGACUCGACAAACAAUAUUGUUUCAUGUAGUUGUAAGAAGUAUGAUUUUGCAGGAAUCUUGUGUGCACAUGCUCUAAAGGUUCUUUCAACAAGAAAUAUUACAAGCAUUCCAACUCAGUACGUCUUGGAGAGAUGGACAAAAAAUAUCAAGUCUAGCAGUGCAAGAGUUACUAUCAACAUCUCAAGUAAAGAUGACCCAAAGGCCAACAUUGUAAGGCGUUAUAAAGAGCUAUGUCGAUUGCAUAUUCAAUUAGCAACACGAGCAGCAGAGUCACCGGAAGCAUAUGAAAUUGCUAUAUCAAGACUGAACAAGACGUUGGGAGAGGUUGAUGCAUGUUUGAAGGAGAAAGAAACUCAACAACCAACUCAAGUGAAUGCAUCUGAGCUCAGUGAGACUAUAUGCAUUGAUGAUAAUGUCAUUCAAGUUAGAGGAAUCAAAACUAAGGAAAAAGUUGCUGGAAAUUCUAAGAGGCCAAGAAAUGCUCUAGAAAAGGCCACCAAAAAGAAAAAGCCUCGAAAUAAGGAACUAAAAUAUUCAACGGUGGACUCCGUUGCCGGUUCUAUACAAACAACUCUACCUCAUACUCCUAUAUUGCAGUCGGUUGGUCAACCCAAUCUAAUGCCUGGACAUAUGCAUUUUGGAGAGCCAUUUGAUUUUUCACAGGUAACUCUUUUGUAA